GAUUGGGAGCGAGAGGGGACGGGAAACGGGGGGCGCGCGCGAGGACCGACAGGAGAAGAGAGCGAGAGAGAGAGAGAGAGAGAGAAAAACACAAACGCGAGCAGGAGCACCGUGAUGUAUUAAGGGUGCUCGUGAGCCCCCCUCCCCACCCCCCCAAAAAAGACUGCAUUGGGGUGCAGAAAGGCACCGCUUCCCGAGAGUACGCGCAAAUAUCGCGGUACCGUGAGGUCGAAAGCAAAGGAGAUUAUCCCAGAGAAGAGCGAGCGAGGGGGCUGGAAACGGAGCACCAAUCCCGGAUGGCUAGGCGCGGCUGCUCGCGCUCUCUUCCACCCUGACCGGGAGAGACACACACACACACACACACACACACACACACAAGGACCGCGGGGAAGCUCCGGGUGCUCACUGACGUUUUAUAUCUCGGCCUGUUUCCGCCGAAACGGGAAUCUUGUGUGGCGCACGGGACCGACCGUAAACAAACAAGGCAGCCUGCUCUCGGGGUGGGAGAGUGUUCAAGCAAGCGACCUCUGAAGGGUGUGAGUCUGCGUUGUUACUUGCGAUUUUCUUUUAGCCCCAUUAAGGAUCCAUCAGCUGUACCGUAAGCGUGCGUGUGUGUGUGUGUGUGUGCGCGUGUGUGAGUGUGUGUGUGUGUGUGUGUGUGUUGUGAUAUGGUUGUACUAGACUGAGAGUCCGAGGAGCCAGCGGCAUUAUGGGAUGUAGCAGGACUGUGCAGUGACCCCGCUCAUUGGAAGGAAACACACUGUGUACAGGAGCAGGAGCAGGAACAGGCAGACUAGCCUAAACACACACACACACACACACACACACACACACACACACACACACACACUCAUCCUUGUGUCACACACACACAUCCCAGGAGCCAUGCCUGUGUUCAGUGGCCUGUUGAAGGUGCGAGUGUGUGAGGCAGUGGACCUGAAGCCCACCCCAUGGGCCCUGCGUCACGCCGUUGGGAAGAGCGGCUCCUUCCUGCUGGACCCCUACCUGGCCCUGAAUCUGGACCAGACCCGGCUCGGCCAGACUGCCACCAGGACCAAGACCAACAGCCCCGCCUGGCACCAGGAGUUCUGCACCGAGGUCCGCGAGGGAAGGAGCCUGGAGCUGUCCGUUUUCCACGAUGCGCCCAUCGGAUACGACGACUUCGUGGCCAACUGCACCAUCCAGCUGGAGGACCUGCUGCAGAACGGAACCAGGCACUAUGAAGACUGGAUUGACUUGGAGCCAGAGGGGAAGGUGUACGUGGUCAUUGAUCUGUCCGGAUCUUCCACUGAAGCCACAAGUACCAACGAGAAUGAGGAGCGAGUGUUUCGAGAGAGGAUCGGUCCUCGCCGGCGACAGGGCGCCGUCCGAAGACGUGUCCAUCAAGUCAAUGGACACAAGUUCAUGGCCACCUACCUGCGACAACCAACCUACUGUUCACAUUGCAGAGAUUUUAUCUGGGGCGUGCUGGGAAAGCAGGGAUACCAGUGUCAGGUGUGUACGUGUGUCGUCCACAAGCGCUGCCAUGAGCUCAUCAUCACCAAGUGUGCCGGGAUGAAGAAGCAGGAGGACACACCUGAUGAGGUGGGUUCACAGCGGUUCAGUGUUAACAUGCCCCAUAAGUUCAGCAUCCACAACUACAAGGUCCCCACCUUCUGUGACCACUGUGGCUCCCUGUUGUGGGGCCUCAUGAGGCAGGGCCUACAAUGCAAAGUGUGUAAGAUGAAUGUGCACAGACGGUGUGAGACUAAUGUAGCUCCUAACUGUGGUGUGGACGCCCGAGGAAUCGCUAAGGUCCUGUCUGACCUCGGAGUCACACCCGAUAAGAUCUCCAACACCGCACAGCGCAGGAGGAAGUUGACUCCAGGGCAGGACCCUCCCCAGUCUCCUCCUGAGCUCUCCCAGACGGAGGAGAACAGCUUCAGCCAGCCAGCUGUCCCCACCUCCCCCUCACAGCAGGACUUGGCAGGGUUAGAUCGCCUGCAGGACGCGCUGUCACUCGACCAGCAGGGACCCCAACACACCUCCUCCUCCUCCUCUUCCUCCUCCUCCACCACCUCCUCUUCCUCCACGUCCUCCUCCACAGCAGGCAGGGAGAACGGACAGAUCCAGAGGAGGAGCCUCAAGGACUUCAAUUUUAUCAAGGUUCUCGGCAAAGGCAGCUUCGGCAAGGUAAUGCUGGCGGAGCUGAAGGGCACGGAGGAGGUUUACGCCGUCAAAGUUUUGAAGAAGGACGUGAUACUGCAGGACGACGAUGUGGACUGCACCAUGACCGAAAAGCGCAUCCUGGCCCUCGCCCGCCGACACCCCUACCUCACCCAGCUCUACUGCUGCUUCCAGACACGGGAUCGCUUGUUUUUUGUAAUGGAGUAUGUGAACGGAGGAGACCUGAUGUUCCAGAUUCAGCGAUCCAGGAAGUUUGAUGAGUCUCGCUCUCGUUUCUACGCCGCCGAAGUCACCUCAGCCCUAAUGUUCCUGCACCGUAAUGGGGUCAUCUACAGGGAUCUGAAGCUGGAUAACAUCCUGCUGGAUGCAGAAGGACACUGUAAGCUUGCUGACUUCGGCAUGUGCAAAGAGGGAAUCAUGAACGGAGUGACCACCACCACCUUCUGUGGCACACCUGACUACAUCGCCCCUGAGAUCCUGCAGGAGCUGGAGUACGGAGCCUCUGUGGACUGGUGGGCCCUGGGGGUGCUGAUGUAUGAGAUGAUGGCCGGACAGCCUCCGUUCGAAGCUGAUAACGAAGACGACUUGUUCGAGUCAAUUCUCCAUGACGACGUCCUUUAUCCCGUGUGGCUCAGCAAAGAAGCUGUUUCUAUCCUUAGAGCGUUCAUGACCAAGAACCCGGCCAAGCGUCUUGGCUGCGUGGUGAGCCAGGGCUGCGAGGAGGCCAUCAAGACCCAUGCCUUCUUCAGAGAGAUCGACUGGGUCCUGCUGGAGCAGCGAAAAGUCAAACCACCCUUUAAACCCCGGAUUAAGACCAAGCGAGAUGUGAAUAACUUUGACCAGGACUUCACCAAGGAGGACCCUGUGUUGACGCCCACGGACGAGGCCAUCAUCCGACAGAUCAACCAGGAGGAGUUCAAAGACUUCUCCUACUGCGCCCCAGAGGAGGCGCAGACCUAACAUACGCACACACACACACACACACACUAACACACACACACGCACACACACACGCACACUGAUCCAACACUUUGCACGUUCGCACACACCGCUGACCAUAAAUCCCUUUACAAAACACACACACACACACACACAUACGGUCACUCCUUUACUUUGAAGCUAUUGGUUGUUGUUACUUUUGGAAUAUUCUUUACUUGCAUUGUGUUGUUCUUGUUGCCUGGGUUUAUUAUGAAUAUAAAUAUGACUAUGAAUAUGAAUAUGAAUAUGAAUAUGAAUAUACACACCUGCACAUGCUCUCACACACAUUCCCACGAGCACACUUUUAAUGCAGAUUUACACACAAAACACGCUCUCACACACCUAUGAGCUCACUGCACAUGCUCAGACAACUAAACACACACACACACACACACACACACACACACACACACACACACACACACACACACACACACACACACAUACACCCACUGCUUCUCUCCCCAGCACAUAUGUGGACUGUACAGUAGGUGCUGGGCUCAGAGGCCUGUAUAUAGCCUGUGUUGAGUGGCUGUAUUGUGUUGGUAUUGUCUGCUAGUAAAGGAGAGUUGUGGCGCAUGGACAAGCACCCUACCUGUGUUAUUACUGUCCUUAUUGUGGACCAGUUAGGGCCAAAUACCCUUUGUGCAAUACCCUGACUAUCUAUAUAUUUUACGGUUUUUGUUCGUUCAUGUGUUAUUUUUGUCUUUUUUUUCUCCUCAAAAUGUUUUUUGUUAGUAUGAUUGAAAUUUUGCUCUCAUCUUCUGACACAUUCACUCCACGUCCUUCUGUCUUGUGUAUAUAAAGUGAAUGUCGAGCUAACAAGUUACAGGCUAGUGAACUAAUUAUGUGGAGCAGAGUGUUACAGGCGGCCUGUGUAGCAGUUAAAAGCCCGAUUUCCAGCUAUUUCAUCCAUCUGCUAGUUUCAGAGUCCGUGUCUGUCCAGCCGGCGUGAAUGUGCUGGCCUGUGGGCGUUAUUUUGUCGUGAAUGUACAUUUUUCGUAUGUGUGAAUGCGUGAUUUUUUUUUUUCCUUCUCUGUCGGUGUGUGACUUUUUGUCUUCAGCAUUUCUGUUUCUAUAGUUACCAUCAGUAUUUUCAGCCCCCCUUUUCCUUCCCCUGUCCUCCAAAGCACCAAUUCCCCUUUCCCGCCUCCAGCAGCCGUCUCACUCAGCCAAAACCACUUGCUUUUCUGACUUUUGCUUUUUUCAAGAAUGGCUUUUCUUUCUUAUUGCUCUCUUUCUUUUUUUUUAUUAUAAUAAUUAUUAUUAUUGUAAAGUGUAUCUGGAGGAAACCUUUGUGUAAAAUACUAUAACUAUACUAUCAUAGGUCUGUUACAGCCGGGUGAAAAGAAAUGUGGAAAACCAGCAGCUGAAUUACCUCUUAUUUCUCACAGACACACACACACACACACAGACAAAAACACCACAUACAGACUCUCUCCUUUGCCUCCUCCCUCUUCUUCUCACUCUCUUUCUUACAGACACACACACACACACACACACAGAGAAGGACUGUUGUCGUGUGUACUAUACAGUGAUCUGAAGGCGAGCUGGUUGCUCUGUGUGCAGUAGAGUCGGUGUAUAGUGAAGCUUUGUGCACCCAGGGGUAGGGCUGUUCCUGGUCACACUAUCUUACUCUGUGCCAAAAUGUAGUGCAACAGCCAGGCUAGUCCUGUCUGGUCUGAUUCCAAUAAAACACUGAGCUGUCUACAUCAA